AUGUCUAUUUUACUACACCCCUCUUUAAUUGACAAUGUUCAGCUUUUAUCUGAUAUGCGCAUUAACAAUGUCCCGUUCAUGCCUGCGUUGCCACUGACAGAAAUUGUAAAGGCCCUGUUAAAUGUCUAUGCAUACAGAUCGGCAUUAGGAGAGCAGCAUGUCAAGCGAGUUACCUGGUUGCAAGGAUUCUUAGCGUGCAUUGUUUUGGGCUCAGCAGGCUCAUGUACUGUUGCAGUGAUACGAGGAGAGCCUCUUGGUGUUAUCUACAAAGAUGAAUUCUGGAUAUUAUAUGGCAUCGUCUACUGGCUCAUGUUUUCCAACGAAUUCAUGCAUUUAUUGAUUCACCGUUUAUUUUUAGCGUUUCCUUUGGUUCAUAGACUGUGUAUUUGUCUUUCCGGCAUCAAUCGAGGCUAUUCCCUGGUGCAGUAUGGCAUAGAUGGUGUGGCAAAGUCAGCAGGAAUCGAUGCAAUGGUAGGUAGACUUUUAUGUGGCACAAUAGUAGGCUGUGGUGCUGGAUUCUGGUUUGAAUUAUUCAGCCUUGGUCAACAUGAAUGGAAAUUAAUAACGCCUAAAUCGUUCUUGAGUCCAUCCGCUAAUGUCAAAAUCUCAUUCUGGACAUCUGUUGGAUAUCUAACAUUCUCUUCAUACUUGAGCAAUGAUCAUGAGGCGCAUGCAAUGGGCUCACUGGCAUUUGCUUUGCUGCUUGUAUUGAAUCAUUACUAUACCUCACACAAAUGCAGAGAUGCUCAACGCGUAAAGGAGGGUAAAGCUGACUAG